AUGGUAUCAUGUUUUGUUCAUAAAAAUAUGUGUACUGUUAUGAGUGAAAUACUCUGUCUUAUUCAAUAUCCUAAACUAUAUAACAAUGGUAGAAAAAUAACUGAUCAAAUUUAUAAAAAUAGAACUUGUAAAAAUGUUAAUGAAAAAAAUUCUAUUAAUUUCAUUUAUGAAUCAACAACAGAAUCGAAAACAAAUAAAUCAUGGAUUUAUUUAAUGAUUAUAAGAAAUCCAAUUGAUAGAUUUAUCUCUGGAUUUAUAGAUCGUUGUGAUAAUGAUCAUAUAGAUAUGUUUUCACCAAAAUAUUGUUAUGGUUGUAGAAAAAAUUUAACAUGUGCUUUAAAUAAUAUUUAUAAUAGAAUGUCAUUAUUGUUUUUUAACAAAUAUUUAUUAAUCAAAAAUCCUGAUGAUUACCAUUUUGCACCUCAAACAUGGAGAUGUAAUCUUCAAAAAGAUUUUCAUUUAUUUACUUUUCUUAAUUAUUCUCAACCAGUAACAUUUUAUUCUUCACUUAUAAAAGUAUUAGGUGAAAGAAAUGUUGAUAAGAAGUUAAUAGAAAAAAUAUCUAAUGAAUUACAAUUUUCAAGAACUUACCAUUCAACAAUAACUUCAAACAAACAUCAAAAAAUUAUUAAUAAACUAAAUAGUAAUCCUGAUUUGAUGGCAUUACUAAUUAUAGAAUGGCAUUGUGGAGUAACAGCUAAACAAAAAAAUGCUUCAUUAGAUAUUUUAAUAGAGGGAAUAAUUGGAAAACAAUUAUUUAUUGCUAAAGAAUCAGCAAUAAUAACUCCAGAUAAAAAUAUUCCAUUAAAUAAUAUUUUUAUAUUUGUUCCUUUUGAUAAAAAAUCUAAUAUAUUUGGUAGUAUUCGUUUUCUCCAUAGCGUCAAUAGAUGUUGCAUUGACUAUUAUACUUGCAAUUCAAAAAAUUUUGAAACUCUUGAUUGUGGUUAUACAUAUUAUUAUUGUCUUGGAAAUACUUUUCAAAACAUAAGUAAUCCAUUACAUAUUCUUGGUUAUUGGUUAGAAUUUUAUAAGUUAACUGUUAAUCCUUAUGAUCAUUAUCUAAUUAUUGAAUCAUUGAAUAAAGACAAUUUUUAA